AUGCGUUCACUCUUUGCAUACACCCUACUGGCUUCAGCCACUCUCUCCGUUGCUGUCGAUCCUCGCUUCGAGUACCCGGACACCGUACCUCUUGUCAAACGUCAGCAACCUGGUCUUCUCAUCACUCUCGCUCGUGAGAACAAGGACUUUUGCGACAGCCAAGAAUGGAAUGAACACUAUGAUAAAUGCAUGGAAUGCGCAGAAACCUACGGUAUCUGGAAGUACUAUGGCAGUGGCGUGAGCAAGGUCGCCGAGCAGUGUGACCUCUCUCCUACUCCCAGUCCCUCUGGUGCUGCCGUCGAGAAGCCUGCUUCUAGUACUGAUGGAUCGGGAACAACGGUUCCUGCAGAGACCACUACAGAAGUACCGGCUGAAGCUACAUCAACUAUCACCGCUAUUGAGUCUACCACCCCAAUGAUCCAUCCAGUCACGACAACCCCAGAGGCUUCUUCUGGCGCUGACAGCACCACCUCUGUCGAGACUGCCACUUCGACACCCGAGCCUUCUAGCGUUGCUGUCAAUGGUGCUGCUAAGCACUUCGAGUUCACCACCGUUAUUGCAUUUGUAGCGUUCACCAUCUGCAGCCUCUACUAG